AUGGACGUUGAUUCAGACGACGACGACGAGAUCAUCGCCGAGAGAGGUACGAUUGCACAUAUUCUUAUUUUUUCACGACGCGCGCGCGUGUGUUCUUCUUCUUUCUCUCUCAUCACAUUCGAGGACCGACGAAAGGAAAGGCGGCGAUCUUUCUUGAGAGCGAAAACAACGGACACCAACACUUUUGGGCGAAACGAAAUUCGAACGCUCUCUUCUGAGCUCGAAGGAACUUUGAGAAUAACACCUCGGAAAUGGCAAAACCUGAACGCGAAACGGUACUCGGACAAGAGGAAGUUUGGGUACACGGAACCGGAGAAAGAACAGAUGCCGCCGGAACACGUAAGGAAAAUCUUGAAAGACCACGGCGACAUGUCUUCGAGAAAGUUUCGGUCGGAUAAGAGAGUAUAUUUAGGCGCUUUGAAGUUUAUCCCGCACGCGGUGUAUAAGUUGUUGGAAAAUAUGCCCAUGCCGUGGGAACAAGUGAGACAUUGCGAGGUGAUUUACCACAUCACCGGCGCGAUUACUUUCGUCAACGAAACGCCGAGGGUGAUUGAACCUAUUUACAUCGCGCAGUGGGGGACCAUGUGGAUUGCCAUGAGAAGGGAAAAGAGAGACCGACGACAUUUUAAACGCAUGCGAUUCCCGCCGUUUGACGACGAAGAACCGCCUUUAGAUUACCAGGAUAACUUGUUGGACGUGGACCCGUUGGAGGCGAUCAAUUUAGAGUUGGACGAAGACGACGAAGAUCGACACGUGUGCGAAUGGUUUUACGACCAAAAGCCGUUGCGAUGGGACUUGGAUUUCGUCAACGGGAGUUCCUACAAAAAAUGGCGGUUGCCUUUACCGGAAAUGGCGACGCUGUAUCGUUUAGCCGGUCAGUUAUUGAGCGACUUGACGGACAAAAAUUAUUUUUACUUGUUCGAUCACAAAUCCUUCUUCACGGCGAAAGCGUUAGGGAUGGCCAUCCCGGGAGGUCCAAAGUUUGAACCGUUAUUCAAAGAUAGCGACGCGGCGGACGAAGACUGGAACGAGUUUAACGAUAUUAACAAGUUAAUCAUUAGAUCGGCGAUUCGAACGGAGUAUAAAGUUGCGUUUCCGUACUUGUACAACAACCGACCGCGUAGGGUAGAUUUGGCGACGUACCAUUCACCGAUGGUGAUGUACAUCAAAACCGAAGAUCCAGAUUUGCCGGCAUAUUAUUUCGAUCCUUUGAUUCAUCCAAUCGCGUUUUAUAAAAGUAGUAGCAGCGAAAAGAAGAAAGAAGAAGAAGAAGAAGAAGAGGAUUGGAGCGAAGACGACGAUUUCGCCUUGCCCGAGGAAGUCGAGCCGUUGUUGAAAGAUUACGAUUUGUACACGGAAAACACGACGAACGGUAUCGCGUUAUUGUUCGCACCUCGGCCGUUUAACUUGCGUUCGGGAUACACGCGAUCGUGCAUCGACGUUCCGCUCGUCAACACUUGGUUUCACGAGCAUUGCCCGAGUGGAUACCCGGUCAAAGUGCGCGUUUCCUAUCAAAAGUUGCUCAAGACAUACGUCAUGAACCAAUUACACAAGAAACCACCGAGGCAAGUGAAACGUAAAUCUCUGUUCAAAGCUUUGAAAAAGACAAAGUUUUUCCAGUGCACCGAGUUAGAUUGGGUCGAAGCCGGUUUGCAAGUCUGCAGACAAGGCUACAACAUGUUGAACUUGUUGAUCCAUCGCAAGAACUUGAACUAUUUGCACUUGGAUUAUAACUUCAACUUGAAACCGGUGAAGACGUUGACGACAAAAGAACGUAAGAAGUCUCGAUUCGGGAACGCGUUCCACUUAAUGCGCGAGAUUUUACGUUUGACGAAGCUUACCGUAGACGCGAACGUCCAGUAUCGAUUAGGUAACGUGGACGCGUUUCAAUUGGCGGAUGGUUUGCAAUACAUUUUCUCGCACGUUGGACAGUUGACUGGGAUGUACCGAUACAAAUAUCGUCUGAUGCGCCAAAUAAGAACGUGCAAGGAUUUAAAGCACCUGAUAUACUAUCGUUUCAACACCGGACCGGUCGGGAAAGGCCCAGGCGUUGGUUUCUGGGCGCCCAUGUGGCGGGUCUGGAUUUUCUUUUUACGCGGCAUCGUCCCGCUUCUCGAACGAUGGUUGGGUAACUUGUUAGCUAGACAGUUCGAAGGUAGAAAUGCCAAAGGCAUCGCGAAAACUGUCACGAAACAAAGAAUUGAGUCUCAUUUUGAUCUAGAGUUACGAGCAGCUGUCAUGCACGACAUUCUCGAUAGCAUGCCGGAAGGCGUGAAGCAGAACAAAGCGAGAACGAUUUUAGCGCAUCUUUCCGAAGCCUGGCGAAGUUUCAAAGCGAACAUCCCCUGGAAAGUCCCGGGCAUGCCAGUUCCGAUCGAAAACAUGAUUUUACGAUACGUGAAGUCUAAAGCCGAUUGGUGGACGAACGUUGCGCAUUAUAAUCGCGAACGGAUUCGCCGCGGCGCGACGGUGGACAAAACCGUCUGUAGGAAAAAUUUAGGCCGAUUGACCCGCUUGUGGUUAAAAGCAGAGCACGAACGUCAACACAAUUACUUGAAGGAUGGACCAUACGUGACGCCAGAAGAAGCCGUGGCGAUUUACACCACCACCGUGCACUGGUUGGAAUCCCGAAAGUUCUCGCCGAUCCCGUUCCCUCCGUUGUCGUAUAAACACGAUCGCAAGUUGUUGAUUUUAGCUCUCGAACGAUUGAAGGAAAAUUAUUCCUUAGCCGUUCGUUUGAAUCAACAAGAGAGGGAAGAGUUGGGUUUAAUCGAGCAAGCGUUCGAUAACCCGCAUGAAGCUUUAUCGAGAAUUAAACGACAUUUGCUAACACAAAGAGCGUUUAAAGAGUGCAACAUGGAGUUUAUGGACAUGUAUUCGCACUUGAUUCCGGUGUACGCGAUUGAACCUUUGGAGAAGAUCACGGAUGCGUAUCUGGAUCAGUACAUUUGGUACGAGUCCGAUAAGAGGCACUUGUUCCCGAACUGGAUUAAACCAUCUGAUACAGAGCCGCCUCCUUUGUUGGUGUAUAAGUGGUGUCAAGGCAUCAACAACUUGACCGAUAUCUGGGACACGAGCGAAGGCGAAUGCGUCGUGAUGUUGCAAACGAAAUUUGAACGAAUGUUCGAAAAAGUCGAUUUGACCAUGUUGAACCGCUUGUUGCGAUUGAUUGUCGAUCAUAAUAUUGCCGAUUACUGCACCGCGAAGAAUAACGUAAUCAUUGCGUAUAAAGACAUGUCGCAUACGAACUCUUACGGGAUGAUUCGCGGGUUACAGUUUGCCUCGUUUUUGACGCAGUAUUAUGGUCUGGUUUUAGAUUUGUUGGUGUUAGGUUUGACUCGAGCGUCGGAAAUUGCUGGUCCACCGCAAAUGCCGAACGAGUUUAUUAGUUACCGAGACGUUCGAACGGAGACCAGACAUCCGAUUCGUUUAUACUCUCGAUACAUCGAUAAGCUUCACAUCUUGUUCCGCUUCACCGCGGAAGAGGCGAAGGACUUGAUUCAAAGAUAUCUCACCGAACAUCCCGAUCCGAACAACGAGAACAUGGUAGGAUAUAACAACAAAAAGUGUUGGCCGAGAGACUCGAGGAUGCGCUUGAUGAAGCACGACGUAAACUUGGGACGAGCGGUGUUUUGGGACAUGAAGAAUCGUUUGCCGCGAUCGUUGACGACGUUGGAGUGGGACAACGGGUUCUGCUCUGUGUUUUCAAAAGACAAUCCGAACUUACUGUUUAACAUGUGCGGAUUCGAAGUGAGAUUAAUGCCAAAGAUUCGCAUGCAAACCGAGUAUUUUGCACAAAAAGAUGGCGUGUGGAACUUGCAAAACGAGGAGACGAAGGAAAGAACAGCGCAAGCGUUUUUGCGAGUCGACGACGAAGGUUUGAAAGCGUUCGAGAACAGAAUUCGACAAGUCUUGAUGUCCUCCGGGGCGACGACGUUCUCCAAGAUUGCGAAUAAAUGGAACACGGCGUUGAUUUCGUUGAUGACGUACUAUCGAGAAGCUGUGGUGCAUACGCAAGAACUUUUGGACUUAUUGGUCAAAUGCGAGAACAAAAUUCAAACUCGAAUCAAGAUUGGCUUGAACUCAAAGAUGCCUUCGAGGUUUCCCCCAGUCGUCUUCUAUUCACCUAAAGAGAUUGGUGGGUUAGGAAUGCUCUCUAUGGGUCACAUUUUGAUCCCGCAAUCGGAUUUACGAUAUUCUGUCCAAACCGAUUCAGGCGUCACGCACUUCCGUUCGGGCAUGUCGCACGAGGAAGAUCAGUUGAUUCCGAACCUCUACAGAUAUCUGCAACCUUGGGAAGCUGAAUUUACGGAUUCGCAACGCGUUUGGGCUGAAUACGCGUUGAAGAGGCAAGAAGCUCAAGCGCAAAAUCGAAGAUUGACGCUGGAAGAUUUAGAAGACUCUUGGGAUCGCGGCAUUCCGAGAAUCAAUACGUUGUUUCAAAAAGAUCGGCACACGUUAGCGUACGAUAAAGGGUGGCGAGUUCGCGCGCACUUUAAAGAGAACCAUUUGAUGAAGAUUAACCAGUUCUGGUGGACGCAUCAAAGACACGACGGCAAACUGUGGAACUUGAACAAUUAUCGCACGGAUGUCAUUCAAGCCUUGGGCGGCGUAGAAGGUAUUUUGGAACACACGCUGUUCAAAGGCACGUAUUUCCCGACAUGGGAAGGUCUAUUUUGGGAAAAAGCGUCUGGUUUCGAAGACUCGAUGAAGUUCAAGAAGCUCACCAACGCACAAAGGUCUGGUUUGAACCAAAUUCCAAACCGUCGUUUCACAUUGUGGUGGUCUCCGACGAUUAACCGAGCGAACGUCUACGUCGGAUUCCAAGUGCAGUUGGAUUUGACUGGAAUUUUCAUGCACGGCAAAAUUCCAACUUUAAAAAUUUCUUUGGUUCAGAUCUUCCGAGCGCACUUGUGGCAGAAGAUACAUGAAUCGUUGGUCAUGGACCUAUGUCAAGUGUUCGAUCAAGAGUUGGACGCUUUAGAGAUUGAAACCGUGCAAAAAGAAACGAUCCAUCCGAGAAAGUCGUACAAAAUGAAUUCGUCGUGCGCGGACAUUUUACUCUUUGCGUCGUAUAAGUGGCAAAUCUCCAAACCGUCCUUAAUGGGCGACGUGAACGACCAGUUUGAUCAAAAGUCGUCGAAUAAGUUUUGGUUGGACGUCCAGUUGAGGUGGGGCGACUUUGAUUCUCACGAUAUCGAACGAUACACCCGCGCGAAGUUUCUCGAUUACACGACGGACAACAUGUCCAUUUACCCGUCACCUACGGGCGUGAUGAUUGGCGUCGAUUUGGCGUAUAACUUACACGCUGCGUAUGGUAACUGGUUUCCGGGAUCAAAACCAUUGAUUCAACAAGCUAUGGCGAAGAUCAUGAAGGCGAAUCCGGCGUUGUAUGUGCUCCGCGAGCGCGUAAGAAAAGGCUUACAGUUGUAUUCCUCGGAACCGACGGAGCCGUAUUUGAACUCUCAGAAUUACGGCGAGUUGUUUUCAAAUCAAUGCAUUUGGUUCAUCGACGAUACGAACGUCUACCGAGUCACGAUUCAUAAGACGUUUGAAGGGAACUUGACGACGAAACCAAUCAACGGUGCCAUAUUUAUCUUCAACCCGAGAACAGGUCAACUCUUUUUGAAAGUCAUUCACACGUCCGUGUGGGCCGGUCAGAAGCGUUUAGGGCAGUUGGCUAAAUGGAAAACCGCGGAGGAAGUUGCGGCAUUAGUUCGAUCUCUACCGGUCGAAGAGCAACCGAAACAAAUCAUCGUGACCAGAAAAGGCAUGUUAGAUCCUCUGGAAGUGCACUUGUUAGAUUUUCCGAACAUUGUCAUCAAAGGAAGCGAGUUGCAAAUGCCGUUUCAAGCGUGCAUGAAAAUCGAAAAAUUUGGCGAUUUGAUUUUGAAAGCGACCGAGCCGCAGAUGGUUUUAUUCAACAUCUACGACGAUUGGUUGAAAUCUAUCAGUUCGUACACCGCGUUCUCUCGAUUGAUAUUAAUCUUGAGAGCGUUGCACGUGAACAACGACAAGACUAAGAUGUUGUUGAAGCCGGACAAAACGAUCAUCACGCAGCCGCACCACGUGUGGCCAGAUUUGACGGACGAACAGUGGAUUAAAGUGGAAAUCGCUCUCAAAGACUUAAUCUUGGGCGAUUACGCGAAGAAGAACAACGUCAACGUCUCCGCGUUGACGCAAUCGGAAAUCCGCGACAUCAUCUUGGGCGCCGAAAUCACCCCGCCUUCGUUGCAACGCCAACAAAUCGCGGAGAUUGAGAAGCAAGCUGCGAACGAGGACGCGGCGCAGUUGCAAGCGGUGACGACGAAAACGACCAACGUGCACGGGGACGAGUUGAUUGUUACAACGACGUCUCCGUACGAGCAAUCUACGUUUGGUUCGAAAACCGAUUGGAGAGUUCGCGCGAUUUCAGCGUCGAAUUUACACUUGCGCGUGAACCAUAUUUACGUCAACUCGGAAGACAUCAAAGAGACUGGGUACACGUACGUCGUCCCGAAGAACGUUUUGAAGAAGUUCAUCACCAUUGCGGAUUUGCGCACGCAAAUCAGCGGCUACUUAUACGGCGUCUCUCCUCCGGACAACCCGAACGUGAAGGAAAUUCGUUGCGUGGUUAUACCGCCGCAGUGGGGCAAUCACGCGACGACGCAUUUACCUACGCAGUCACCCGAUCACGAGUAUUUGAGAGAUUUGGAACCGUUAGGGUGGAUACACACGCAACCGAACGAAACGCCACACUUGCCGCCGCAGGAUUGCGCCAAACACGCGCAAAUCUUGGAGAAGAACUCCUCCUGGGACGGCGAAAAAGCCAUCGUGGUCACGUGUUCCUUCACUCCCGGUUCGUGUUCGUUGACGGCGUACAAACUCACUCCAAAAGGCUACGAGUGGGGAAGACAACAAAAAGACCAAAACGUCGGCAACCCGCAAGGCUACCAUCCUUCGCACUACGAAAAAGUCCAAAUGCUUUUAUCCGAUCGUUUUUACGGCUAUUACAUGGUCCCAGAUGGCCAACCUUGGAAUUACAACUUCAUGGGCGUGAAACAUUCGGCGAGUAUGAAAUACGCGUUAAAGUUGGCCAAUCCAAAGGAGUAUUACCACGAGAGUCACCGACCGACGCACUUUCUCGAUUUCGCCUCCGCGGACGACCAAGAUUUGAAAACUUCUGGUGGAGCUAAUACAAACGGUGGAGUGGAGAAUGCGAACGUCACCGAAAUCGAUCGCGAGAAUGUCUUUGAAUAA